AUGGCUCCUCGUUUCGUCCUCCCCAAGCGUCUCCCUAUACAUGCUACCUUCGCGGGCAAGCGCACCCCGGCUCUUGCUCGCCUCAACUCCCAGUCCACCGUGUCCAAGGCGGCGCAGGUGGUAGAGAUGGCGCAGGCGGUCGAGAGGCCGAAUCUGGUUGAGGCCUCGGUGCCGGUGAUGUGGUUGCUGUCCGGUGCGGCCAUCUUUGCGGCCUUCAACCGUAUUGAGAGCGAGGACCAUGUCGAGAAGCUCCUCAUCGUCUAA